AUGGAGGGCGCAAAGUAUCCUGCUGCAACGAGUAGUAGUUCCGGCCGCACAUGCAUGCCAUUGAAACAUGCUAUCAACGCAUCACUCGAAGGGCUAGUAAUAAUCUUCCUCCUAAUCUUCAUCCUCGCCUUCUUCCCCUCCGCCUUCCACAUCCUCCUCAAACCCAUCACAUACCCCCUCGAGCUCCUAAGCGGCUACACACCUUCGCCACACCAACUCCUCCCAAUCUGUGGCUGUUGUCCACCCGCGAGCUGCCACCCACAGCAACAACACCCACCGCCCACACCCAACCCUAACCCUCCAACCAUGUCCUGGACCCAAAAAACCUUCACCCUCCCCCCCAAAUCCCGCGGCUCCUACCUCAUCACCCCAGAGAUCACAAAAGCCCUCCCCGAACUCAAAACCUACAAAACCGGCCUCCUCCACCUCUUCAUCCAACAUACCUCCUGCGCCCUCUCCCUCAACGAAAACUACGACGAGGAUGUCCGGGACGAUAUGUCCGAUGCCUUGGACAGGAUAGCUCCGGAGGAUAAGAAGGGGGAAUUGUAUAGGCAUUCGGCGGAGGGAUUGGAUGAUAUGCCGGCGCAUAUUAAGAGUGCGCUUGUUGGGGCGAGUGUGACCGUGCCGAUUACGGAGGGGAGGAUGAAUUUGGGGACUUGGCAGGGGGUGUGGUAUUUGGAGUUUAGAAGUAGUAAGCAUGCUAGGAGGGUGGUGGCUACCAUGCAGGGGGAGAAGAUGUGA